GAUCGAUUAUUGUUGCAGAGAGACAUGGUGUUCCGCGGCGACUCGGUGAUGUCUGUAGCCCAUUUAUCAGCUGAGAUAUUUCAGCGAUUACGGUGGAUCUCACCGUCGGAUCGAAUCAGAAGCGGCGAGAUGUUGCAGCUCGUCUGCUGUUUUCCGCUUCAGGAGUUGGGCCGAUUCGUGUUAUGGUUCUGGAAUUAUAUAUGUCUUCCACCUCCAGAGAUUCUUUAUUUUGAUGAUCAUCUUGAUAACGAUGAUGUUUAUGGAUCAUCUUCGUCUUCGUCCAUUGCUAAUCAUCAUAAUUACUAUCAUCUUCGUUUGGAGUGACGAAAAUUUCGUAUUUUCUGAUUGUUUUUUUUUUACUUGAGAUUGUUGGAUAAGUUCUUAAUCUUUGUUUAUAUAAAUCAGGGGUUCUUGAGCAUUUUGGUGAUUGCAUAUAGUUUAAGACUUCAUCAUUUCAGGAGCCAGAUGAGCUUGUUUUGAUGUAUUACUUGUGUAUAAAUAUUUGUUCUUUUGAUGCAGAUCAUCAAAGUAACUCUGAGUUUAUUAUAUGUUUAGCUAGUUGAGCACCUUUAAUCUUUUUUCUUUGUCUUUUUUUUUUUAAUAUUGGUUGAUAGAGAUUAGUCAAACAUUUCAAGUUUAUUUUGUUUUCCGAUAUAUGGGAAAAUCGGUUUGAUCUAGAAUAUCUUUCAGAGUA